AUGCUUGAUGAAAUUGAACAAAAGCUUUUAGCACUUAAGAAUCAGCCCAUGGGUCAUAUUGCAGGUCUUACAGAAACCGAAAUCCAAUUCCUUUGCAAGAACGUUUCCGAUAUUUUUAUGGAACAACCUUGUUUGCUAGAGCUUAAAGCUCCACUCACUAUUGUAGGUGACAUUCAUGGGCAGUAUCAAGAUUUACUAAGAGUUUUUGAUAGCACUGGAUAUCCACCAAACUCAAAUUAUCUUUUCUUAGGUGACUACGUUGAUCGUGGUCAAAACAGUAUAGAAAACGUUUGUUUGCUAUUCUGUUAUAAAAUCAAGUAUCCUAACACAUUUUACAUGCUUCGCGGCAAUCAUGAAUGUUCUUAUAUUAAUCGUUUAUACGGUUUUUAUGAUGAAUGCAUUCAAAACUAUUCGACCGACAUCUGGAGAUUGUUCUGUGAUGUAUUUAACAGACUCCCUAUCGCAGCAAUCAUCGAAGAAAAAAUCUUUUGCGUUCAUGGAGGCCUUUCACCAUCAUUAAACAGUCUCGAUGAGAUUAAAAACAUCGAAAGGCCAAUAGAAGUCCCCGAAGAAGGACUUCUUUGCGAUCUUCUCUGGUCAGAUCCUAAUAUGGAUGUUGAUGAUUGGGAAGACAAUGAACGUGGUACAUCAUACUGCUUUGGUGCACAGCAAGUUGAAGAUUUCCUUACAAAAUUCGGAUUCGAUCUCGUUUGUCGUGCUCAUCAGGCAAUUAUGGAAGGAUAUGAGUUUCCAUUCCCUGAUAGACAGAGUAUUGUUACUGUAUUCUCAGCACCAAACUACUGCAAUGAAUACAUGAACAAAGGAGCAAUUCUCAGCGUAAGUGAUCAAUUAUUCUGCUCUUUCACGAUUUUGAAUCCAAUGAAAUACGAAUCUGACUUCAACUUACAGCCUCGUCCAGGUACACCUCCAAGAGCAACAACUGGCGAGCAAGAAUCAGAAUUUACUGUUGCAACUAACGAAUAG